UAAGAAGCAAAGAGAAAACUAAGGAAGUGUGGAGGCUGGGAGAAUUCUUGGGAAACUGUUGAGUCCUUUGUGAGGCUAUGCUUGAAAUAGUACAGAUAGAAGGAUAAGUUUCAGCUACUGCAGCAGAUUGACCUAGAAAUAUGAACAGAGGUACAAUGGGAGACCAAGACAUCAUUACUGAAGUCCCUGCAGCGUUGAAGCGCUUGGCCAAGUACAUGGUGCGUGGCUUCUAUGGAGUUGAAUAUGCACUGGCCUUUGAUGUGCUGAUCCGCUAUCCCUGCGUCAAAGAGGAUGACUUAUUGCUGCUGCUCAAGUAUGAGCGCAAACAGCUGCGCACCGUCCUCAACACCCUCAAGGCAGAUAAAUUUGUGAAGCUGCGCAUGCGUGUGGAGACGGGGCCAAAUGGGAAGAGCACAAGGCACAAUUACUACUACAUUAACUACAAAGUGUUGGUUGACGUGGUGAAGUACAAACUGGAUCACAUGCGCCGGAAGAUUGAAGCAGAUGAGCGAGAUUCAACCACCCGCUCUUCCUUCAAAUGUCCUUCCUGCCUAAGCACAUACACAGACCUGGAAGUAAAUCAGUUGUUUGAUAUUUCCACAGAGACAUUCCGUUGCACCUACUGCAACGCCGAAGUUGAGGAAGAUGCCUCUGCGCUAGCCAAACGGGAUGCUCAAACCCUGCUAGCCAGAUUUAAUGAGCAGAUUGAGCCCAUCUUUGCGUUGCUGCGUGAAACUGAAGACAUUGUCUUGCCUUUUGACCUCCUUGAGCCCCAGCCAAUAGAAAUCCCCGAACUAUCAACAAGCUUGGAUCAGAAACUGGGUUCAAAAGAUGAAUUGCUGGGCCGUCCUGAAAAAUGGGCAAUCAGGAAUUCUUCUGCCUGUGAUCUGUAUGUGCAGAACUUGGUUAUUGAUGUCCAAGAGUCUGACGGUACGAAGAAAGGAAAUACUAAGCCUUUAAAAGAACAACCCAUAUGGAUCACCCAAAGUACAGUGCAAGGAGCCUCUUUAGAGGUUGGCAAUGCUAAUGUUGAAAUCCCUACGAAAAUGGAUGAAUGUGUCAAGGAACCUGCCGCUGACAAUGAAGUAAUAAGAACUCUGCUCAUCCAUGAAUCAAAGUCUUCCUCUUCAACAAGGCAUGCCCCUCUUGCCAAAAGCAGUCUGCAUGAGUCAGAAAGUGACACCAGUGAAUCUGAAGAGGAGGCCAAGCUUCCCAAAUUAGCAGCCACCAAAGCUACAGGCAGCGACUUGGACAAUGAGGAGGAACCAGUCACUCUAAAUCCAACUGUAAUGGUGGCUGGAAAGCCACACUUCUACAGUGAAGUCAGUGAAAAUCCAGAGCUAGUUUCAUUCAUGACUAGUGAAGAGCGAGAAGCUUACAUUAAGGUGGGACAAGAAAUGUUCCAAUCUGUGUUUGAGUAAAUAUAUGGAUCAAAUCCACAACCGAAAUGAAAUCUUUAAAUUGGUUAAGGUCAUACAGGGAGAAAGGAUAAACCUUGUAUGUUUAAUUGUUUUGAUUUCAUUUAAAAAGGGAAAUUGAUAAAGUUGAUAGUGGAGAAUGUUAUGCAAUCUACAAGAUUCAUUAAAAGUUAGACUAAAGCAAGCA